AACCAACUGAACGAAUUAAAUAGCGUCGAUGUGUCCAACCAUUUAAAGGAUACAAAAGUCAGUUUGGCUACCUACAAAACAAAAAUCCUUGAAAAGACUGAAAAUGAAUACGUCAGACAACAUUGAAUUACACUCUGAUGUCGAUCUGAUGACGGCAACCAAAAAUUUAAUCCUUGACCGGUCCAAUCCGAUUCUCCAAGCUCAAGGUCAAGCUCCCGUGACAUCCGACGCGCCACCAUAUGCUCAAGCUGGUACGGGUCAAGGCCAUGACCCCAUCCGACCCCCGCCGUAUCAUAACGUCAAUGGUGACGUCAACUGGAACUCCACAAAAUCAACACAGUACCCGGGAAACGCACACGCCUCGGUCAGAAGGUUGACCUACAUGGAGCCCGCUCAGGACUUCCACAGGGUCAACCACAGGCAACAGGACUACGUCGUUCCGGAGUCCGACCAUUAUGAUUACAUCCCGGCCGGUGGCGUGCCCAACGCGCCCUCUACGCCUAACGACAAAUACAACUACAGAACUCUGCAGAUCCCAGCCGUACGACGAGGCGGUCAGUGGACGAGAAGGCAAUAUUGUUCAGCCGCGGUGGCCAUCGUUGGUCUGUUCUGCGUGUUCCUUGCGUCCGCCCUCGCUGGAAUUGUAGUCAUCGGUCAACAGAUAGAAAAGACGAUGGACGACCGGCUCUCAGUCAUUCAGACCAACAUGUCAGACUCUUUCUCCAAGAACAGAGACAGCACAGAGAGACUUAUCAAUGACAUCCACUUGGACUCGCCAGAUCUGCUGGUCAAAUACCAAAACAACUGCUACUGCGUCUACACCAACAAAAGGAACUGGUUCAAGGCCAGGGAUUUUUGCAUCGGGUUAGGGGAAGGCGUCCAUCUGGUGGAGAUCAGAAAACUGGAGGUCAACGAGUAUCUGAAUUCGUUCCUGGUAGCUUUGUCGAACGCCUCCCAGUCCGUGUGGCUGGGUGGCUCGGAUUUCCUCACCCCGGGGCAGUUCCUGUGGAAUUCCACGCGCAUCCGCGUCGACGAGUUCGAGCCCAGGCAGUGGAAGGACGGUCGACCCGGUACAGUCGCUGGAGAAAAUUGUUUGAAGAAUCACGCUUACAGUGCUCCCGAUUACAAGUGGAACAACGCAAAGUGCUCCCUCAAGCUGUGGUACGUGUGUCAGUCACCGGAGGUGGAAAAGAGAUGCAGAUGUUAGACUUUGUUAGACUUCGUCAUGUUUCAUUUCUUAUUAAGGCUUCGCUGCAUUUGUUUCGGAUAUAUCUUGGCAUCCAUGAAUUAUUAUGGUCGUGUUGUUUUGUUUUGGUCUUGGUGUUUGUUUUUUUAGAAUGUCUAUACCUCAAAAUAAAUGAUAUUGACAGCGGGAAUUCUGUAUAAAGUUUAAAAAAAGCAAAUACACUUGGUGUUGAUGCUGUCAUUGCUAUGCAAAAAAAAACUAGAUGAUACCCGUCGAAAAUCAUGGGAAUGUUUCAUGAAUUGGAUAUUUUAGAUUUCAGCUAAUCAAGACGCUAUUUCUCAACUAGCUAAAUAACUUGAGUAACGAUAUAGGUAAAGGCUUUAAAAAAAAAAAGACAGGACAGUUAAGCUGAUGUGUAGGCAAGACGGCUUCUUCGGCUGACAACACAACAAAAAACAAGAGAUACAUUUAAAUAAGCAAAUAAAACAUGCAGUUUUUUUUAAGAUCUCAAUAAUGUCAUAGUUCAAAACAGGAAGCGCUCUAAGUUAUUCUUAGAAACAAACUAGAAUCCUGUUUAUAUUCAGAAAAUGCAACGCUUCCCUUAAGGCAGUCUCUUUUGCUCUCUGCGUUAGUUCCAGACAUACAUACAUACAUGUAUCGAAAAUUUUGAGUUUUGUUUAUUCCGCUUGUUUUUGUUUUCACGUUAUGACCAGAUCCUCCCUGCCAUAGAUUACGACCAGAUCCUCCCUGCCAUAGACAAGGCGUACGUUUAAAAAUACGAAAGACAUUGGUUAAAAACGUCAUUUGCGUUUGUCAAAACGUAUAUAGCAUCCAGUCUUUGACGCUAGGGGCUUUGCAACCCAAUAAAUAUCAAUAAAUCCAUCUCAUGUAAAGACAAAACUAAAUGUGUGAGAUGUUAGUGCAUUAAUUGCAUGUAAUGCGUUUAAUUAACUUUUUUUUUGUUUUGUUAAGUAUAAUUUAUGUUAUGCUUGGGGUUGAUAAGAUUGGUCAACGUGUUGGUGAGUUAUAAGGAUGAUAAACCAACAAAAUCCUUGUGCGUCUGAAAACCUGGAGUCAUGGUUGCUGACGCUCACAUAAGGACAUCCGUACUUACAACAUCUGCUAGUGUCGUAGCAUACUUAGCGUGGCAGUUAGCAUGACAGUUGAACGGGAAACGUGUUAAACUUUAACGAGACAUUCAAAUGACAUUGACGUAUAACUUAAUAUAACCUUUUAAUUUUAAUCAUUGUUUUGUGUAUUUUUAAGCUUUUUUAAAAUAACUGUUGACGCAUCAAACAAUUUUGAUAUAAAAUGAUAUUAAAUUGAGU